AUCAAAUUCUACUUAUAAUGUUUCUUAUAUUUCACUUUUUCUUUUUUUCCCCAGAAUUAAACCUGGAGUGUCAGCCAAAACCUUCAGCUCUUUCAACAAAGGUCUCAAAGACUACAAUCGCAGGGGCUGUUGUUAUUAGAAAAUCUGCACAAGUGACUUUCAGUAUGGAUAAAACUGCACCGAAAACAAAACUAGAACAACCAUGGAAGAAAAAUCUUUUUGAAAGAGUGGAGGCAAGAGCCCAGGCAAUGCAGCAGAAAAUAAUAGAUAAAGAUAAUCUGAAGAAGGAGCUAGAAAAAAAGACUGAAAAAAAACUCCCUAAGGAUAAUUUGGCCAAAGAGUGGUUUAAUACUGAAAACAGCACACUGAGUACUCGAGCGUAUUUGCUUGACAAGCUUCUACCUACAUUAGUUCCGGGAGUAGAAAACAUGUUAAUGCAAGUAGAAAAGAAGAAGCUUUUUGAAAAAGUUGAUACUCCAACGAAUUUUGAUCCAAUUACUUUUCUGGGGGAAUAUUUAAUGAGAAACAAUCCAAAUUACGUCAAAGCUGAAACGUCUGGUUACCAGAGGGUGAUGAGAGAAGUCACAGAAGAUCUGAAGGUCCGUGUUCCCGACACAAUCUGCAACAGAGUAUCCAAGAUAAAGGAGGUUGUUCAAGAGAAAAGAGAGCAAAGAGAAAGAAUAAACAAAGUAAAAAUGAAGGUGGCUGACACACGGAAACAGGCUCUGGAGGAGCAGUUCGAUGAAUGGAUUCUGGACCCCAGUGGAAUGAUUCCCAUGGCAGUGAUUCAGAAUGUUCUUCAUGAUUUUUUCCAAAAUCCAGAUUUCCCGCUUGAAUCAUGCUGCAAACAAUUGGAGAUUACUGACUCAAUGGAACCAAGAUUGGACAAAAAUACAUUUACUGAAUACAUCUCUUCACACAUUGUAGACUUUAAAAGUGAAAUGUUUGAGCAACUCCUUAAGCACCUUUGCCACUGUGCAGAAGAGUUUCGGGAGGUCAUAAAAGCUGACAUGAGGAGACAGAUGUUUGCUGAACUCUUCUUGUAUUGUGACCAUGGGAAGGUGGGAUUUUUGGAUCGGCAGAGGACAUUAACCUUGCUGGAAAUAUUCUAUGAUCAAAGUCCAAAAAUGCUUAAGACAUUACUCCGAAACCCAAGACAAUGGCCACUCGUUGAGUUUGAAGAGAUAGAUUUGUCUGAGUUCUGGGGAGAUAUGGAUAAUCAGAAACACAUCUAUGAAGACUUUGAUCAUACGCUCUUACAGAUGAACACAUUAGUUGCUGAAAAGCAUGCUGGAAAAAUGCAAAGUAAAUUGUUAGAAAAUCAAGAUCAACAAAAACAUGAUGAACAGAGAAAAUCAUCACCACCACCAAAUUCACCAGAACAACAGAGAAUGACUGCAGAACAAGGAUCACAAAGAACAUCAACAGAAGAACAACAAAGUAGAGGGUCAACUACAGAACAACAACUGCAUAGGAACUCAAUAGCGGAACAAGGAACCCACACAGGGUCAACUCCAGAACAAGGAUCAAGUACAGAGUCAAUAAUAGAACAAAGGCAACAUAGCGAGUCAGCAACAGAUCAAGGACCAAACAGAGUGUCAACUUUAGAACACGGAACCCACAUAGAAUUGACUGCAGAACAAGAAACCCACAUAGAAUUGACUGCAGAACAAGAAACCCACAGAGAAUCAAUUGCAGAACAAGGACUUUACAGAGAAUCAAUAAGAGCACAAGGACAACACGAACAAAGACCACACCGAGGGUCAACUGCAGAACAAGGAUCACUCAGAGAGUCAAUAACAGAAGAACCACGUACAGAUUCAACUGGAGAACAAGGAUCACGCAGAGUGUCAAUGACAGAACAAGGAUCACAUCUAGGGUCAACUGCAGAACAAGAAUCACGCAGAAUGUCAAUGACAGAACAAGAAUCACAUAGCUUGUCAAUUGCAGAACAAGAAUCACGCAGAAUGUCAAUGAUAGAACAAGAAUCACAUAGAUUGUCAAUUGCAGAACAAGGAUCACGCAGAAUGUCAAUGACAGAACAAGGAUCACAUACAGGGUCAACUGCAGAACAAGGAUCACGUAGAGUCUCAAUGACAGAAGAAGGACUACACAGAGAAAUAAUUCCAGAGCAUCAGAAUAUAUACUCAGCUUCAGAGUCAAGUACAAAUUCUCAGGAGGUUACUUCUGAGUACACAGUAAUCCCUCCACAGGAAGAGAGGUUUCAGGGGCAAGCAUAUGAAGAGGAACUAGCCAUAAGUUCUGAACUGCAAGAAGUUCUAACAUCAAGUAGAAAAUAUCAUCUUCCAGAAACUGCAGAAAAAGUUCAGAAAGAAAAAUCCUGUGAACCUAAGUCCCAAAAAGUAGAAGGAAAGGCAUGGUCAGGUGAAUUUUUGACUUGUAAUUGGAAGACGAAGUAUGCCAAAUUUGAAGAUGAGGAACAGGCAAACUUAAUCUAUGGUAACUCCAGAUUCACAGACCUACACUCAAUUAUCAGAAAUAUUCAGUCUUACAAAGAAGGAAAAGGCAGGACUGCCUUCAAUGGAGUUUCCCUCAAUCUGCUCCAGUUUGUGCAACUCCUGGAGACAUUUGUUGGUGAAGAUGCCUCUUUGAAUGUCAGUGAGGACCUCACCUCCUUUUUUAGGAGGUGCUAUGUUGAAACAAAAGAAGAGAAAAUGAGUGCCUUAGAACAGGUUAGACAGAAUGCUUCACGAGUUCGACGGGGGCUUCUCUUAGAAGCCCUCUUUCAGAAAUGGGACAGUGAUGGCUCAGGCUUCUUGGAUCUGAAUGAAGUUGAUGAACUGUUGUACACAUACAAGGAGGGAAUGGAAAAAGAAUCUAUGAAAAAAGCUAAACUACACAUCCAAUUUCCACAGCCACACCAGGGUCAUGAAGUAAGAUCGUCUUCAAAACAGUUUCAGAAAUAUAUAGAAUUGGUUGUAUCUGAACUCAGGGGCAAUGAAGACCAGGUUCUGGAAAGUGUUGUGGAGUUUCUGAUGAAUGCUUUGGAGAGAAGCCAUAUUGAGAAUCUGAGGAAUUCUGCCAGGCGCAAGUGGCUGCACCAAAUCCAACGUGCUGCAGAGACCAGCGGGGUGUCCGUGGAGCCAGUGUAUGCUGAGACCUUUAAGGUCCUCACCCAGGAUGCUGAAGCCCAUGGAAAUAAGAAGAUCAGUGCUCACAUUUCUCUCUUAGAAGAAAAUGAACUACUGCCUGAUAGAGGAAGUGUUAUGUUGAGGAAUGUGGCUUGUACUUUAGAUGAUGCUCCGUUUGUAUUGAACAGAGUGCUCUACAGGGACAUGAAAGGAAUUAGUUUUACAGUAGUGGAUGAAGGGAAGCCAAUCCAUGUCCCCCAAGUUCAGCACCAUGGGAACGUCUUCUUCUGGAAACAUUCCAGACGUAAGAAUAAUCGUAAUGGGUCAUUCUUGGCUCUGCCUCUUCAGGAUGCGUAUAUGAGGAUCUUUGGGGUCAUUGCUGUUGAUACCCUAAGAGAUCCUCAGGAAAUAAACAUCUUCCUACCUCAUGAGAUCAGAUUCUACCAGGGUGUUGCCAAUGUCUUUAGCACUGCCUAUCACUAUGUCCACAGCCGGGAGCACAUCCUGCAUGUUAUCAUCACUGGCAUCGGCUGGCUGUGUGGCAUCACACCCAGCAUCAACACCAUCACUACGUACUUUGUCGAGCUUAGCCCACAACAGGAUUCAGACUAUGUUUUACGCAACAUGAUGGUUACAGGGUAUCUGGGUCUAACAGAAAUCCACACCAAUCCCCCUACCAUCUUUAGAAAGAAGUGUAUCUUCAGAGAUUUCCUCUUUAAGUGUACAGACAGUUCAGAAGUUGUUUUGGCCUCUGCUUGUGGAGAAACCCACAUAGUAAUUCCACUUCGUGAGAGAACAGGAGAAGCUCUGGGAGUCAUAGAUUUUAACAUUGGCCGGAGUAGGAUGUUGUUGUAUCGAGAAUAUAAAGAUCUACAGAAAAUGAUGAAGGUGGUUCAAGCUGCCUGCUAUGAAAUACUGGGCGAAUUCUCUGGAGAGAUAAAGAAGAAAUAUGUCUUAGCGAUUGAAAACGUAGGGGAAGUCCAGCGGGCAGGAAUCAUCUUUUUCCGGAUCAUGCUGCAGGAGCUGCAGGAAAGCAUCCGACUGCUUAACUCCAUAGACUUUGUGUCGCUGCUCAUUUAUGAUCAUAAACUUCUAACAGAGCAGAAAUCUUUUCAAGGCUCAUCUGGCCAGCCCCAGGACGCUGAAGCCAACACAAACCUAGUGCGUGACAUCCUGAUGGGGGUUAUCUUGUUCUUUCAUCCAGAGUUGGAAUUCUCAAGUGACUUUGAAGAUUGGGAUAAGUGUAAACUGUACGUUAACAGAUACUUAGUUGAGAAUAUUUGUACCUUUGAUCCAACUUCUAGCAACGUGCAAGUUAAUUUACAGCUCAUUGAUGGCUAUAUCAGAGAUCAUUCCCGAAUCGAAGUAUGGAAUUUUGGUAAUAUCGUCAUUGAAUACCUAUAUCACUGGGCACACAUCUGUUCAGCUCUAAUAGAGCUAAACAAAAAACUAAAUAGUACUAUUAAACCUCCAUUGCCCUCCAAGACGGACUCGUAUGUGUAUGCAAAAAUGCCAGGGGAAACCUUGCUAGGGAAAUCAUAG